CUCUUCUUUCAUUUACUUCGUAAAAGUUAUUAUAGCCUUGUUUUUGAAGACAAAUGAAGUCUUCAGUGUUCACUCUGCUCGUGCUUCUCUCCAUUUUCCUUUAUCCAACUCAAGGUAUAAGGUUCGAAAAGUUAAGUAUGUCACCUAGCAACCAUCAACAACUCAUCGCGAAGAUUUCAUCAAGUAAUAAAGACGAUGGAUCAUCCACUACCAAGCUUUUACCUGGAUUUGAUAGAAAACUAAUGACAGAAAUGAGUUCCAUCAACAGCAAUAGCAAGAAUUACAAGAAUAAUAAUCCGGAUGAUAUGGAGUUUACCCAUGGAGAAAUAGGAAAGGGAAAUAUUUUUCCAACGACAUUAGUUCCAGCAAAUGACAUGCAUGAGAAAACUGAAGUUCACCAGCAUUCAGACGUUACAGACAUUAUAGAUAUAACUCAAUCAGAUUAUACACCUCGUAGGUGCAGGACACCGAUACACAAUUGUUAA